AUGAGGCUUACUUCAUGGAAUGUUAGGGGCCUCUUGGCUCCUGACAAAAGAUGCCUGGUCAAGAGAACCUUGGCCAAGCUAGACUCAGAAGUUUAUGUUCUACAGGAGACUAAAUUGAACAAGGAUAAGGCGCUUGAAUUCAUCAAAUAUUGUUAUAAGUGGGAUGGUUUAUUCCAGGAUGCUAGAGGUUUGGCUGGGGGCUUGGGAAUCAUGUGGAAUGCCUCCAAAGUUGAUGUACAAUCCAUUGCUUCCUUUGACCACUGGAUGGCAUGCAUCAUUGUUUGCAAGCAGUCCAAUAUAUCAUAUCCGUUGUUUAACAUCUAUGGACCCAACAGAACGGAGGAAAAACUAAAAGUCUUCAAUCAAGCAAGCCAAUUGGAUACUGGUGAGGUCAUCGUUGCUGGGGACUUCAAUGCUCUCUUAGACAUUGAUGAGAAGGUGGGUGGUCUCCGGAAGCCCACAAAAGUGAUGGAAGAUUUUCAGGAAUUUGUAUCUAAUUGCAAAUUGGUGGAUAUCUUACCAAAGAAUGGUAGAUUCACCUGGACCAACAGAAGACUGAAUUUUGCAAAUAUAUCAUAA